CCAGUGCCGGCGGGGCUGCGGAGCAGGACCCGCCGCCGAGCAUCCUGCGGCCGCGGGGCCUCGCUGCGCUCCCCGCCGGGGCAGGAGCCAGUGGCAGGUGUCCCAGGGCGAGCAGCCCGAGACCUUCCAGACAGCUCUCCCCGCAGCGUCCCCGCAGCUCGGACUUAGCGGAUUCCUCCGUCCCCGCUCCCGUCCAUCAGUCGGGCGUCGGGGGGCUGCCGGUGGCCGCAGGACCCGUCGGUCCCUUGUUUUUCCCUCUCACCAUCUCCACUGCGGGAGCGAAGGGGAGAACUAAAAAAGUUUGUGCGAGCAGCGAGAGAAGAUUAUGGCAACGUGAGUGAGAAGCGGAGCCGCCUGGCCGGAGCCCUCCCGUCCCCCGGCGGAGCGGAGCGGGGAGAGCGGAGCGGCGCGGCUCCUCCAGCCGAAGCCACCGAUCGCAGGCAGCCUGCAGGGCCGGCGGCUCAGCGGAGCGACCUCCCGCCCUGCCCCAGCUCAACAUUCUCUACUUUGGAAGCUCUUUCUUGUCCUUUUGUCGAUAAAGAUGAGAAAAAAGUGGAUACUGGAAGACUUUCACGUUAUCUUUUUUGGUGUGCUCUGUCUCCUUUUCAUAGAUGGAGGUAAACUAGAACAAGUAAAACAUUCAGAUACAUACUGUGUGUUUCAAGAUAAGAAGUAUCGUGUAGGAGAAAGAUGGCAUCCUUAUCUAGAACCCUAUGGCCUUGUUUACUGCGUUAGCUGUCUUUGCUCAGAGAAUGGAAAUGUUCUGUGCAGCAGAAUAAGAUGCCCAAGUCUACACUGUCCUUCCCCUGUGCAUGUCCCACAGCUGUGCUGCCCACGAUGCCCAGAAGACUCUCUUUUCUCAGUAAGCAGCAAAAUCACCGGGAAAUCCUGUGAAUACAAUGGCACAACCUACCAUCACGGUGAAAUGUUUGUGGCAGAGGGGCUUUUCCAAAACAGGCAAGCAAACCAGUGUGCCCAGUGCAGCUGCUCAGAAGGAAAUGUGUACUGUGGGUUGAAGACUUGUCCCAAAUUAACUUGCUCUUUCCCAGUUUCUGUUCCUGAGUCCUGCUGUCCGGUUUGCCGAGGAGACGGAGAGUUAUCAUGGGAACAUUCCGAUGGAGAUAUCUUCCGCCAGCCAGCCAACAGGGAAGCUAGACACUCCUACCAUCGCUCCCACUACGAUGUGUCACCCAGCUCUGCGAGGCAGGUAGUCAACAUUCCCCGGUUUGCCAGCGCCAGGAGUAACCGCGGAGUCCUGCCGGAUCCCCAGCAAGCUUCAGGAACCAUAGUACAAAUUGUCAUCAACAACAAGCAUAAGCACGGACGAGUUUGUGUUUCAAAUGGCAAAACGUACUCACAUGGUGAAUCUUGGCAUCCUAAUCUCCGAGCCUUUGGAAUCGUAGAGUGUGUGCUGUGUACCUGCAACAUCACCAAACAAGAAUGUAAGAAAAUUCACUGUCCAGAACAAUAUCCCUGCAAAUACCCUCAGAAAGUAGAAGGAAAAUGCUGUAAAGUCUGUCCAGAAGAUGUGCCAAGUCAAACCUUUGACAACAAAGAUUACUUCUGUGGGACAGAGACAUUUCCAGUCUAUGAAUCCAUUUUCACAGAGGACGGAGAAACCAUCAGAAAAAUUGCAGUAGAGACUGAAAAACCACCUCAAAUAGAAAUACAUGUGUGGACAAUUAAAAAAGGGAUUCUACGUCACUUCUAUGUUGAAAAAGUGUCUAAGAGAGAAUUUGAAGAACUUCCUUACUUCAAGCAGAUAACAAGGACAACCCCUAGCCAGUGGAAAAUAUUUAGCGAGGGAGAAGCUCAAAUCAGCCAAAUGUGUGAAAGCAGAGUGUGCAGGACUGAGCUCGAGGAUUUGGUAAAGGUUUUGUACCUUGAAAAGUCUGAAAAGGGUCACUGUUAAGGGAGACAGCACUGGAGGGAAAUCUCAAGAAAACUUACGAAAACUUGGAUCUGCAGCUGGACUGCAGGCUUAUUUUGCUUAAGUCAACAGUUGCCCUAAAACCCAAAACUAUAAUGCAGUAAUUAUUCACAUCAUGCACAGCAAAUUUGCUGCUUUAUGUGUAGUGGUCUGUGACAACCGUUCAAAUAUCUCCUCCAAAAGACUAGGAGGCUCUGUAUUACGGGUGGGGGAAGGAGAAAGAGAGACUGUACUUUCCCAGAGCUGCAUUUCUUUUCAAGUGAAAAAGAGAAAACAGAACAUUUUUAUUAUUAUUAUUUGGCAAGUUAUUCAAACUAAUGAAAAGAAGGACAUCCAAUGCAUGUGCAGGAGCUAUGGAGAGCUGAAUUCAUGUGCUGAAUUUACACCGUUUCUGGUGUUUAAAUGACUCAUGGAAUUUUUUUUAGCUGUGGAGGAAAAAUACAAGUGAUACAAUACUUGUGUUGGAGACAUAAAAAACAGAUUUAAACUAACAAACUCCUAAGGAGCUUGCCUCUGGGAUGAUGUCUGUAGUUGAGCAGAGUCUAUAAACUGAACAGCAGGUGUUAGUGGCAACCACUAUAUUUUUGUAGCAAUUUGAAGCAAACGUUCGCUUUCAAGUGGUUUUCUCUGUUUCCUCCACCCACUUCUCUACAAAAUGUGAAGGGUUAGCUCCCUAUCACAGUCCUAAUAACUUUGUUCUUUUGGACCCUAUUAACACAUGGUCUUGGCUGAUAAACUGCCUUCUAAAGUGACAUGGCAGAAGGUGGUGAACUACUUGCAGUACUUUCAAAACACCUAGAGGAUUAGAGUGCUUAAUUCCUUUGUUCUGAUUUGUUACAAACUUAGUCUUCUGCAUUUUUUGGAGGGUGACCUGUCAGUUCUCAAGCUUCAAGGACAGCUGUCUCCUAUGACAAAUGCCAAACACCUACAGCAGCUCUGUGAAAACUGUUAACUUUGUGAAAAAGAAAGCUGAGAGAUUCCGUUAAAUUUAUGAUAGCGUGUCUACAGUGCAUUUAAGAAAGGAAGCUCUCAUCUGCAGAAGUCUCAGUAUAAUGUAAAAAAAACGUUUUCUCUGAAGAGCUACCGAAGUGCUGCACUGCCUUGUGGCUGCAGUGUUGGAUGAAUCCCAAAAAGCAAGUGACUCUGCCUGCUUUUACUCCCAUUUUCUACUCCACAAGCAGACAGGAAUACUGCUGUUCAAACACACAGUAGGAAACAAAGCUUUAUGGAAGUGGUCUGAGCCAAGGGCUGGGUCUUCACAGGGAGUGAAAUUAGCAGUGACAGCAAGGAUUUUGAGGUUUGUCAUUCUGCCAGUGGCAGCACUCCAGGGUGUACCCAUUGCUAAAGGGAUGAAGGUGUGCAAGAGCCCAGUGCUGAAUGCCAAAGCCCAUCUCAGGCGGAGCUUCACCUUCAAGAUCCUUGGCUUGUGCAGCAAACCCUGGCAGCCACCCUCUCCAGUGCAGGCCACAGGGCCAGGCUUCCUCAUGCUGCCCAGGUCCUGCCUGCACUGCCUGCAGCCUCAGGAGGAGAGUAACGCAGGGGAAGAAGGGGGUAGAACCGACAUGAGGGUGCAGGAAAGGUUGAAGGGAAUUGGGAGCAUAGGGUGAUCUCAGGUCCUUAGCAAUAUUGCCUGUAUAUAACCAUGCCAUUGUCCAGGGACACAUAACAUUUAGGAAAACUUCCCUCCCUACCAAGUACUCAACACGGUCCACUGCUUAACAGGAAAAGAUGCUAAAAAGGGAGCUCCCCCAGCAACUGAUUUACAGAAACAAAAUACUCUUAGCUGGUAUCAGUAGGAACCAUGAGGGUGUCUUUCCAAGCUUCCAUGGGCUGCAGGGAAAUCCUCCAUGGCAGCAGGGCAGUCUCAGCCUGGGGCCUGGGACACCUCCUCCCUCCUCCUGCCUGGCCCUCAGUAUCAGGGCUGUUCCCGACAUGUUUUUCCCUCUCUGCCCAGCACUGUUUUGCCCUUUCUCAAAUGCCCCUUCCCUGAGGUGCUGCCAGCCUUGCUGAGGGCUCAGCUGUGCCCUGCACUGGCGCCGCUGGAACCGGCUGGAACCGGCCGCAUCCGGCACACAGCAGCCCCUCAGCUCCCUCAGAGCGACCCUGCAGCCCCGCUGCCAGCGCCCAGGCACAGGCAUGUGGCAGCGCUGGUACCACUCUGUAGUGCACAGUCUUCACUAGCACCUGGCCUUUACAAGUCCUGUAGAGCGAAGUGAACUGUGCCACCAGCUUCCCACAGAACUGUAGCCUCUGCCUCCAUCAAUCCUGUCCUUGUGUUUGACAGGGGUAAUAGUGCGUCCUGAGGCCCCAAAACCUUGCUGCACCAGAGGUUACUGCACAAUAACUGUAGAAGAAGCAGUUUGGCAUCAGCAACACUCACUGCACUGGCAUCUACUGCCUUGAAAUGUGCUGCAGAAGUGCAAAAUUUUGUUCUAAUCUUCUAAUAAGUCAUGAAUUAACUUUAUUAUCCCUUUGGUGAAGACAUUGUAAGGAAGAGGUUCUGAGGAACUGUAGCAAUCCAGUGGGAAGACCAGCAGUCGAUUUCUCACCUCACAGGCAUCGUUGGUUUGUAGCAGUAGCUGGUGGAAAAAGACUAAGUGGAAAGUGUACAGUGUAAUUUUUUUUUGAGAAGAAGAAAGCAACCUGCUUUUUGUAUUUGUGACAGGACGGGUGGAAUCCAAAUGGUGUAUUUAUUUUAUAAUAAACACUUUUUAGGAAAAGCAAAAAAAACCCCAUUAAGCAGCACUUAGUAAAAUGCAGUGUUGCAUUUUUCCAGUUUCUGGUCACUUAACAAAACACAGAAUGUCAUGUUUUUCAUUCUCUUCAUGGGAUGUAUGUCUGUUAGGGUACUUAUUUAUGUACUUAUUGUAUCACUUUGACCUGGUUUGAUAAAUUAAUAAACCC